GGCGCCAUGGCUCUGCGGGAGAGCAUCCUGCCCAUAAGCGAGGUGUCCAGCCCUUUCCCCGAGGUCGUGGAGCUCAACGUGGGGGGCCAGGUGUACGUCACACGGCUCUCCACGCUGGUAAGCGUCCCCGACACCACCCUGCACGCCAUGUUCGCCCGCCGCCCGCCGCGGGAGCUCCCCCGCGACAGCAGGGGGCGCUUCUUCAUCGACCGAGACGGCUUCCUCUUCCGGUACGUCCUGGACUUCCUGCGCGACCGACAGCUGGUCCUCCCCGAGCACUUCCCCGAGAAGGAGCGGCUCCAGCGCGAGGCCGAGCACUUCCAGCUGGGGGAGCUGCUGAGGCAGCUGGCCCCCCGCGUGGCCAAGCAGGGCUCGCUGAACGACGAGGGCUGCCAGAGCGACAUCGAGGACAGCUCGCAGAGCAGCGACCUGGCCCGCGCCAACACCGGGGCCGCCGCCGCCGCCGCUGCCGUGGCCGCGGCGGACAAGAAGUCGGGAUUUAUCACCGUGGGCUACCGGGGCUCCUACACCAUGGUCCGCGACAACCAGGCGGACGCCAAGUUUCGGCGGGUGGCGCGCAUCAUGGUGUGCGGCCGGAUCGCUCUGGCCAAAGAGGUCUUCGGAGAGACCCUGAACGAGAGCCGGGACCCCGACCGGCCCCCGGAGAAGUACACGUCGCGCUUCUACUUGAAGUUCACUCACCUGGAGCAGGCCUUCGACAGGCUCUCAGAAGCUGGAUUCCACAUGGUGGCUUGCAACUCCACUGGCACGGCCGCCUUCGUCAACCAAUACAGGGAGGACAAGGUCUGGAGUAGCUAUACUGAGUACAUCUUCUUCAGGCCACCGGUGAGGACAGUGUCCCCCAAGCAGGACUGCGAGGACUGCAAGCCAGAGAAGCUUCCGGACAAGGGCAGCGAGAGCGGAACCUCGCUGAACGAGCUCUCCACCUCCAGCUCUGAGACCCACUCUGAGCUCACCUCGCCCCAAGAGGGCCCUGAGCCAGCGCUGGGGGGAAUGGGCGGGGAGUGCGGGGGCUGUUCCCCAGCGCCGCGAGGGGCCCUGCAGCCUGCCUCCCGCCAGCCAAGCACGCUCACGUUAGGCCGGCCCUCCAAGAAGGGCUCGGUGCAGUGGAUGCAGCUUCCGGACAAGCGGCGCAACAGCGAGCUCUUCCAGUCGCUGAUGGGCGGAAGCCCGCGCGAGGGGGGUCUCAGCAGGAGGAAGACCACGGAGAAGCUGAGCACCGAGGAGGAGAUGAAGCAGUGCAUCCAGGACUUUCACAAGAUCAAAAUCCCCCUUGAAUUCCCCCAGCGUAAGCGGCAGUGGCAGUCUGAGCUGCUCCAGAAAUACGGUCUGUGAGGCCGCUCCAUAUUUUCCCUCUAGUUCUCUUGUUUUUGGCUGGAGGAAGCAGACGUCCAGACGGUACUGUUUCUCAUGUCCCUCAUUGAGAGAGCAGCUCCCUGUAGCACAAGCAGUACCCUUAAUUACCUCUAGAUGGCAACUGGGCAGUAAAUCAGCCUCACCUCCUGAACAUUGCCCGGUCUAUUAAUCUUUUUUUAAUAUACUAUAGGCUCAUUCACCUAUAGCAAUGCUACUCCUACAUCCUAUUCUGCGACCAGCUGUUUCAAGCACAACCUAACUCCACCAUUGGAUUCUCCAGCCAGUCAGAAUAAGAUUUUCCUUCAUUAAUAUUGUGAGUUGUUCAGGCGUUCUGUCUCAAACAGCUCAUACCAUACAAUGGUGAGGUGCCCAAGCCGUAAGAAGUAUUCAACUUCACUGGGCCAGAGUGAUAAAUCACAAUAAUAGUGUGCUAGCGUGAAUGAAGCAAAUAUCAGUGAGAGAGGAAAAAAUCUGGAUUGACAAAUAAAGACAUUUAUCUGGGGCAGAAGGCAUGGAAGGUCAAAGGCAUUAAUGAUCCCAUUAAAUGUAUAUUACUGCCUUUCCUCUAGUGAGUAUAUGCUUCAGUGGUUAACAUGAGCAUUCCAGUCACAUUCCAGGUUUUGUUUAUUCGGGUUACAUAUCUAGACUGUGAUGAUUGUACAAUUUGGUCCUAAUUAUCAUGUUUUGAGGUUUUAUCCAUGCUUUUUUUCAUUUGUUAGGUGCUGUGAUCAAUUUGUGAUGCCAGUUGUUGAGAAUGUGUCAUCAGUAUACAGCUGUAGAAGUGUUUGGAAAAUUGUGUAAUUCAUCCGAAUUGCCCUUUUAUAUUAAACAAGGAGAAGCAACACAAAGUGCCAGAUUUAUUCCUAUGCAUCUGAACUAGGGAUGCAAAUGUCAUGCAAUUCUUUUAAUUGUUUGUCAGCGCUCAUUAAUGAUUAACUGAUAAGCUUAAAAUCUACUAUAUAGCCUCCAAAAAGAAUGGCUCACAACAGGGGCGAUUCCGGGAUUUUUUAAAUAAGGUGGCACAAGGGAGACCAAGAACCAGUCAGGGGGUGCCCAUGGGAAAUCAGAAAAUUAUAUCAGAAAUAAAUACAGCGUUGAAAAUUGGCUUAGAAAACAUUGGGCACGAUUUUCAGGCUCUUGUGCAGUGCCCUGUGCACUAAUACA